GUGGUACCUCUUCCAUCUAGCGCUAUAGAACCUGCGUAGUACGCCACUGUUUUUGGUAAACAACAACCGGCAUAUUAUGCGCCCCCACUACAAGCAGACGAAGAAUUCAGAUUGUGUAUCUAUAGACGGAAUUGACCUGGCAUAAGAAAAACAUAUACGAACGUUCAACGACCAUAUUACAGUGAAACUUAGUGAAGUCAAGUUGUGUUUUGCAUUUAUUGCUAGUAGUAAUUAAAAAUGGUGUUUUCAAUUUUGAGGAGCGGAGUUUUGACUCCGAGAAACGUGAAUGUUUUGAAGACAGCUUUAAACGGUGCCAAAGUUGAACCUGUUAAAAGUUUGACAAAUGUGUGCAAGUGCCUUACAGUCGCUCCCACGACAAAUUUCAUACUCACAAGGAAUUACAGCAAGAGAUACCAACAUAAAACCGGAAGAAAAUACGAUUCAGAUUCGGCAUCUGACAGCGAUAUUGAAAACAAAGGACCCAGGGGCGAAUCCGAAUUUUGGAGAAGAAAGAUGCGCACGUUCCACGGCAUUUUGGACGUAAACAAAGACGGCGUCAUUUCCUUCGACGAUUUCGUCCUUCUCGCCGACAGAUUCGUCGACUUGGGUCACCUAAGCGAAAAACACACCAAGGAAUUCAAAAAGGUCAUCAAGGAACUGUGGGAGUCUAGAUGGGGCGAAAUCUACCCCUACAAUCUAGUGACAGUGGAGCAAUACAUCACAGACAUGCACCACAUCUUAAACGAUAAAGUUUUGGUGAAGAAAGUGCAUGGUUUCUUACCCUACUUGUUUAAGGCUUUAGAUAAAGACGCUUCAGGUGUGAUCUCAGUAGAGGAGUACAAAUUGUUCUUUAAUUGCUUGGGAUUGAAGGAGUUGGACGCUGAAUUAGCCUUUAGGACCAUAGAUUCCAAUGGAGACGGAAAAAUAACAAUCAAAGAGUUUAUCAAGCACGGGAAGGACUUCUUUUUGACUGAAGACGAAGAAAGGAUCAGCAAAUAUUUCUGGGGACCUCUGAUUGAACAUUAACGAUGUUUCGUAUUAUUUGAUUGAUUUUAUAAUUAAAAAAAAUAAUUUGAGUUUUGUUUAUGGAUUUAGGUUAAGGUGUUAAUUUUUAAGCGAGAAUAUUGUUAUACAAUAUUUUUUUUAUAAAAAUUCCUUCAAAUAUUCAUACCUAUUGUGAUAAACUUUUUAUACUUCUUGCUCUUGGUAUACUUUUUUUCAAAUAAAGAAUUUAUUAAAACUAA